CAUAAAAAGACAAGAUACAUUCGUCCAGAAUCAUAAGGUUCCAAUGGCAGAUUCAUCCAGCGACUCUGAUAACAUUCGUCAUAGAAUUGGAAGAAGGGGUCCUAUAAGAGCAACGAGAAUCCGAAAUCAUGGAACUGAAGAUGUUGCAGAGAAGAUUCACACUUUAGCAAAUACUUUGCAGGAUGCAAACUGGAAUUUAAGACAUGUGGAUCAGAUGUUGGGCCAAUAUCGAGAGUAUAACAAUGAGCAGGCAGAAACCAUUGCAAAUCUUAAAGAAACUUUGGAAGAGUCCGUGGGCCAUCUGAAGAACCAACGCUUAUUGAGAAAUUCUGGAGUAAGAAGCGCAUCUCUUUCAAGCUUGUAUGCGAGUGACCUGGAUGGUGGAUCUCCAGAAGUUCAUCAUGUCAAGCCUACCUCUCCUCUCAGAGAUUACAGUGCAACACUAGGUAUCAGGCAGCGACGGUCUAGAUCUGCUGUUCGAUUUGUUGAUCAGCGAGGUAAAUUGGACCAGCUCCAUUCUUUACACCAGUCACUUAGAGAUGUCAGCAGUGAACAAAUUCGCUUAGGAGAAGACCUCACCAGAGAACUUUCAAGAAGAAAUCGAAGUGAUGCUGAAAUUAAAAAAAAAUUAGAAGAUAUAUCUGGCAGACUUGAUGAAUCGCAAAGACAGGAAACGGUAUCAGAGAGGGUGGAGAGAAGACUCCAAGAGAUCGAACGAGAAAUCCGAUCAGAAAGGCAAUUGGUAGAAAGACGCCAAGACCAACUGGGACACAUGUCUGUGCACCUGCAGGAAGCUUUAAAGCAACAAGAUGCUAAAGGCAAUGGAACGGAAAUUGUCUUGAAAAAUAGAAUUGCAAAAAUGGAAGAUGAAAAAAGCAAACUUGAACAGGUUUUGGAGCAUUCCCAGAGGAAACUGGAUCAUUCAGAAAGUAAUAGAGAAAUUCUUCUCCACCAGAUUGAAGAUCUUCGUUCCCAACUUCUUAGAGCAGAAGAGGACCGUUCGACUCUGCAACAUCAAAUAUCUCAGGUUUCUAAGCAUCACCAAAGCCAUCUAAAUGAGCAGCAGGAUGACAGGAGGAAGCAAAAAGUUGUUGAGAGGUCUGAUCCCGAGAAGCAAGAGAUGGAGAAACAGAUCUGGGAAUUAAGAGCACAAUUAAACCACAGUGCUGUAAUGUCAGAGAUAGAGGAGCUUCAGCGAUGCGUUGAGCGCAAAGACAAAGAGAAAUUGCAACUUGUGAUGCAAAUGGAGGCUUUAACAGCUGACUUGGAAAAGAGGGACAACCAGCAGCAAAGGAUGAUGAGCCAACUGAAAGAGAUACAGAGCAACUAUAAAAUCUGCGAAAAUGAGUGCAGAGCUGCAGAAUUACAGGUUACAGAGCUAGGUCAGCAACUAGAAGAAUCGAUCAAGGAAGCAGAGAAGUACCUAGCUGAAUUCAAACAAUCUGAAGUACUAAGGCUAGAGACUGAGAAGAAAAAGGAAGAGUUAAAACUCAAAGCUCAGGAAUCAAUUCGAUGCUGGAAGCUAAGGUGUAAAAAACUAGAACAUGAAAAAGGAAAACAAAGUGAACUUCAUAGCCAGUUGAUGGAGAAGAACAAAUUGGUUCUUAAAGAAAAGGAUGAAUUGAAGAGCCAGCUCCUUUCAACUAUGCACCAGAUGGAAAAUCUUCAAAAGGAACUGACAGAUGUUCUUGAGAAAAGGGCCAGACAAGAAGAGGAGCUGCACUCUAAAGAAAUGAAACUCAGUGAAGCUAGAUCCUUGCAGAUGGCUUUUGAACAAGAUACCAGAGAUGUUAGAAAAACUAUGGAUAACCUUGAGAACAAACUGCAAAAGGAGAGCCUAAUACAGACUCAAAUAAGAACUGAAAAACAGCAUUUAGAGGAAGAACUUGCAAAUAUCAACGUGAUCCAUGAAAAGGAUCAAGCAAGAUUGUCAGAGAUGCAAGAGGUUAUAAAAAACUUGAGUGCUGUUCGGGCUGACUUGGCCAAUCAAGUAGCAGAAGAGAAGAAAUCCAAAAAAGAAAUGGCGAAAUUAGUGAUGGAACUUCAGAAGCAAAUAGAGUCUGUUCAGGAGGAGAUGACUACAAUCAAUAAGCAAUUGAAACUGGAAAGAGAUGUCCACAAACAGGAGCUAGGAGAACUUCAGUCAGAAUUGAAGCAGAUGAAAACUAAACAUGAUCAAAGUGUCCAAGAGAUGAUGAAGCUAUUCAACCAAGAAAAAGAGGAGGCAGUUAAUCACAUUGGAAAGUUGAAGUCAGAACUUACAGAAGAAAGAAAUUUUGUAAAAGCUCAUCGUCGGCAAGUAGAAAAAAUGAAAAUCGAAUGCGAUAAGCUGUCAUUGGAGCUAACCCACAAGGAAGAAGAAAAUGCAAAAAUUAAGCGAAAAUGCAACAUAAUAAAACAGGAAUUAGACGAAAAGAAUAAAAUAAUAAAUAGUGAAGAUGAUCACCUAAGGAGGUUGGAUGGAGAGAGGCUUCAACUUCAUGAUCAACUACAAAGUCUGAAAACUGAACAGGAAUCCAUCUACCGUAUGAUAGGAAGUGAAGUCGAUGCAACUUGUCAAGUCUUUUCAAGAGAUUCUAUGGAGAAAAUGACAACAACAUCACUUACAUCCGGGAUACUGAAUGAUCCUCAUCGCUGGUUAGCAGAGACAAAAGCAAAACUUAGAUGGCUUUGUGAAGAAGUGAAGGAGAGACAGACCAAGGAAAAGAAGCUUCGUCAUCAACUACAACAGAGCCGAGAGCAAUUAAAGCAGCUGAGCUUGAGCAAGGAGACCGAACACCAAAACCUCAUAGAUCAAAUAGAAAAGCAGGAACAACUGCUAGAAGAAGUUUAUCAAGAGAAGAAACAUCUACUGGAAAAGACUAUCAGGAAGGAAGAAGAAAUAUGUACACUUCAGGUAUUUUCAUGA